UUUAUGGUUUAUGUCAGUAAAAAUGGAUUCAUAAAUUCUGCAACCAAAACAAAAAAUAAAUUCUCUAAAACACUUUCCAGCUAUGAAAUCCACCACUCCGAGGAUAAAACAUUUUAUUGUACAUUGAUUUGCAUGUGGGAGUUGUGGGCUCGACAUUACAAUAUGUUGUUAACACCCUCAUUGUCUCCAUCAUCCCCCGUAGAUUCCCCUCCUCCUCUUCCACCACCACCACUCCCGGUGGUUCUGCCUCCUCUACCACCCGUACCCCCACCAACUCCUGCUUCUGCUUCUCCUCCACCCUUGUUGGCAUCCCAUUUGGCCCCAAUAUCAACCCCACCUCCAAUUCCUGCUGCUGUUGCUAUAAGUCCUGUUACUACUCCUACACCGGCGGUUGUUACUUCUGCACCACCACCCUCACCAACACCGCCUGCUGCUGCUACUAAAAUUACUCCAUUAGCUUCUCCCCCACUCCCACCGCCACCAUUGGUUAUUAUUCCUUCCCCAUUGCUUCCUAAAUCUUCUCCUCCACCUCCUCAACAGCCAUCUAAACCUUUGCCAUCCACUCCACUUCCAACAGCUCCACCAAGGCCACCAUCUGUGGUGCUUCCACCACCACCUGCAGCUUCUCGUUCUACUAGGGUCCCUAAAACUCCAACACCAUUUCGGGCAUUUCCACUGCCUCCACCUCUACCUCUACCUCUACCUCUACCGCCACCAACAUCAACACCACCCCCACUACCACCUGCAGCUUCUCAUUCCAUCGGAGCUCCUAAAACUCCAGGAUUCUUUCAGGCCUUUCCACCGCCUGCACCACCACCACCACCACCAGCAUUAGCGCUAACAGCGAGCAAAGGAGGUUUGGCAGCCACAAAGCACAGGCCACAGUCUCCAAUUGGGCUUAUAGUUGCAUCCGUUGGUGUUGCAGUUCUACUAUUUGUUGUGUUUGCAUUAGUGUGCAUUUGUUUCAAAGGUAGAAGGAGAAAACACAAGCCUUCAGACACUAAAAUUCAACAAUGUUCUUCUGUCACAAAAGAUGGCCCUUCUGCUGCUUCAAUGCAACAAAAACAACAAAAUGUCACCAAUUCAGCAACAGUUGCAGCAGAUACCGCAUUGAAUCCUUCAAGUGGCAUUUUCACUUAUGAGGAAUUAGUCAUUGCGACCAAUGGUUUCUCCGAAUCCAACCUCAUUGGACAAGGAGGUUUCGGUUACGUCUACAAAGGGCGUCUGCUAACCGGACAAGACGUCGCGGUUAAGAAACUGAAGGCUGGGAGCCGGCAAGGGGAGCGUGAAUUCCGGGCCGAGGUUGAGACCAUUAGCCGAGUGCAUCACAAACACCUUGUUUCCUUGGUAGGAUACUGCAUCAAUGGGGCUGAGAGAUUGCUUGUUUAUGAGUUUGUCCCUAACAGAACAUUGGAAUUCCACUUGCAUGAAAACCGACAACCUGUUAUAGUUUGGGAAAGCAGACUCAAAAUUGCUAUAGGCUCUGCAAAAGGAUUAGCAUAUCUCCAUGAGGACUGCAGUCCAACAAUCAUUCACAGAGAUAUCAAGGCAGCUAAUAUUCUACUUGAUAUGAGAUUUGAAGCUAAGGUUUCUGAUUUUGGACUUGCCAAAAUUUUCUUUGAUGAGAGUCCCUCCAUUACUCACAUCUCUACCAGAGUUAUGGGAACUUUUGGAUACCUUGCUCCUGAGUAUGUAUUGACCGGUAAAUUAACGGAUAAAUCAGAUGUAUAUUCGUAUGGGGUCAUGCUUUUAGAGCUUAUAACUGGACGUCCACCUAUCAUCCAGCAAUCAUCCUCCACAAAUCAUAGCUUAGUUGAUUGGGCGAGGCCUUUGCUAGGUGGUGCAAUCGAAGCAAACGAAUACGAGAGCCUAGUUGAUAAGAGGUUAAACGGCGCCUACAACAAGAGUCAGAUGGCAAACAUGGUCACUUGUGCUGCUGCUUGUCUGCGUCAAUCAGCGUGGCUUAGACCUCGAAUGAUCCAGGUGGAACCAUUCGGCAAGUUAUAUUGGAUUACCUACCUCUCUUGAAGAUAUACUGCUUCUAUUAGACCAACGGUCGAAAGCACGAUUUCAAUGGACGCCAUACAAGGAUCCGACAAUUCUUGGCAGUAAUUCUGGAUGAAUACUUACAAAAUCUGAACGCUUGGCUUGUGAAUGUCCCAUUGGUCAACUUUGCGAUGGUGGAGAUGCACCAGUCAGAUAGAGUAUUGCUACAAUUUGGAUUCCGACAACCGAUUCCCGUUGCACCUGAGGUGUUGGAUGAUCAUUACAGAAUCGACUUACGGCAAUUGCAUACGGAUUGGCCAAGAUUCUGGUCACACUAUAUCCAAAUGUGGGAAGAUAUGCUAUGGUUUAGAAUCCAUGGCAAGCUAUAUUUACUGUCAGAAGAGGAGAGGCGGCGACAAUUGCGUGUCCAAAGGGAAUGACGUGGCCCUUUAAAUCCAAGAAGAAGGGACGAUGAUACAAGCCCAUCAACGGCGCCCACACAAUCACCCGACCCAUCAACAGCGCCCAUACAUUCACCAGGCCCAACAAUAGUACCCACAGAAUCAUCAAGCCCAACACUUCAACCGAUGACACCCACAACACAGCUUUUUCAGAUUAUGCUAGGUGCGUAUCCUAGCCCUUUAAUAUAUCCUAACCCUUAUAUGUUUCCUUUUUCUAGUCCUAUGGCAGGUUGGAAUGCAUGACCCAGUUUAUCUCUAUUUUCGAUUACUCCGAGUGGACCGCCGAUCUAUAGGCCGCCAUUGUACGAGGGGCCGUCGGGCAGCUCUUCUUUUUACCAAUCCCCAUCACCUUAUGGGUUUCAAACACCUUCGCCAUUAGUGAUGCAAACACCUCCGCAGUCAGUAUUCUUUCGAGGUGGGUCAUCCUCCCAACAUCAACAACCAGAUCCCCUACCGGAGGAACUGAAAUCCCCACCGGAGUAACCACAUCCCCCGUUGGAAGCUGGACAAAGGAGGAAUCCAGCGCGUAAUCGUUGACGACCUCCAUGUGGCACUGAAUCCCGCAAGCACGACCAUUGAUUUUUAUUUUAAUAUAUUUGUACAAACAUUUUGAAUAUUUUUAUAUUAUUUC